GCACAGCCCCAUCAAGGCAGAUGAGGCAUACCACACAGCUCCUUUCCACCUGGACCUUUGGUUCUACUUCACCCUGCAGAACUGGGUUCUGGACUUCGGCCGCCCCAUUGCUAUGCUGGUGUUCCCACUGCAGUGGUUUCCCCUCAACAAGCCCAGCGUGGGUGACUACUUCCACAUGGCCUACAACGUCAUCACGCCCUUCCUCCUGCUCAAGCUCCUCGAGCGGUCCCCCCGCACGCUGCCGCGCGCCAUCAUCUACAUCAGCAUCAUCACCUUCAUCAUGGGCGCCAGCAUCCACCUGGUGGGUGACUCUGUCAACCACCGGCUGCUCUUCAGCGGCUACCAGCACCACCUGUCAGUCCGCGAGAACCCCAUCAUCAAGAACCUCAAGCCAGAGACACUGAUCGACUCCUUUGAGCUGUUGUACUACUAUGACGAGUACCUGGGCCACUCCAUGUGGUACGUCCCCUUCUUCCUCAUCCUCGUCAUGUACUUCAGCGGCUGUUUCACCGCCUCCAAGGCCCGGAGCACCAUGCCCAGGCCUGCCCUGCUGCUGGUGGUACCCAGUGGCCUGUACUACUGGUACCUGGUCACCGAGGGUCAGAUCUUCAUCCUCUUCAUCUUCACCUUCUUCGCCAUGCUGGCGCUGGUCCUGCACCAGAAGCGCAGGCGCCUCUUCCUGGACAGCAACGGCCUCUUCCUCUUCUACUCCUUCGCCCUCACCCUCUCGCUGGUGGCGCUCUGGGUCGCCUGGCUGUGGAACGACCCCGUACUCAGGAAGAAGUACCCGGGCGUCAUCUACGUGCCUGAGCCCUGGGCCUUCUACACGCUGCACGUCAGCGGUGCGCACUGAGGCCCUGGCCCGCAGCAUGGUGGGCGGUACAGCUCGUGCGUGCGCGUGCGCGCAGGGACCAAAGACGCGGCGCUGUGCGUGCGCAUGUGCACUGGUGUGUGUGUGUGGGGGGGGGGAGUACAUUGGUCGAAGACGCGACUCCUUUGGCCCAGUUUCCCUUUGGCUCGGCUCUUUCGGGGAUGGAGUUUCUUUCCGGGAAGCCCACUGAGGCCAAGAUCUGGGUCUUUCCUGGCCCCUGCUCCUGACAAUCCUUGGGUCCCUGGCGCCUCUCCUACCGCCUGGGCUGCCUGGCCCACCUCUGAUGUCUUCCAGAGGCCACGCAGAGGAGCCCGGGGGCACAGAAACCUGGCUCUCCUUGCAUCCGCCCUGACCCCGGAAGUGAUCAGGCCACGCUGCCUUUCUCUCUAUGGCUGAACAGAGCAUUUCUCUCUCUGGGCCUCAGUGGCCCUGGACAGGCUAGAGUGGCCCAGUGAGUGGCUCUGUCACUGCCUUCUCCAGCCCGGGAGGGGUAUGUGCACCCCAGGGCCUCGCCCAAGCCCGCCCCAGGGAGCCAGAGGCCCCGCUCCCCGCUGGCCACAGCAGCCUGAGCUCCGAGCCUGGCCCUGCUGCCACCCUGCCUCUGGGCACCCUCUACCCUGGAGGGAUUGUGGCACCCACUUCCUGGUGGCUUGCGGUGAGGUUUUGAGUUGCUCCCGAAGGCAGACACCCUUGCUCAGUUCCUGGAGGCCCAUGGUAGGAGCCCCCACCCCAUCCGGUCAGCUUCAUCUCCACCUGCAUGUCCCCUUCUGCCGUGGUCCUGCCUCGGGAACAGGCCUCGUCCUCAGCGCAGGCCCCCUGCCUGGGCCUCCCCGGACCACCAGCUGCCUCCUCCUGGGCCUCCACCCAGCGCAAGCCGCCAUGCACGCGGGGCUUUGGGCCUGCCCUGCCUUACCCCAGCCCUGCCCCUCUCCUGUGCUCUCAGGGAGCCCCAGGCCCAGCUUCUCUCCUGUUGGGGUCCUCUGCAGCCCCUUAGGGGCCCGCCAGGCCCUGGUUCGUCCCCAUCUCUUGGCACCCAGGGUGGUGAGAGGUGUGAAUAAAAGCGGGCACAGUGCCCAGCCUGG